UACCUGGAGACGGCCGGAGGAGCAGGUUGGAGCCCGAGUGGGGGAACCAUGUCACGUUCCGCAGUACAAAAGUCUCGGUUAGAAAAAAGUCGAACCUUGUCGGCAGCCGUGAGCACACCGCAGGCAGCUGUGGUAGAAAUUGUACCUGGUCGAUUCACAGAAAAUGAUUGGCAUUCCAUGGUAACCAAUGAAGACAAUGAGAUUCAUGUUGGAGACAUCAUCGAUGACAUUGUGAAUCGAGUGCUGGAUGGUUGUUCCAGAGUUUACAUUGAAAAACAGUGGCAUGUCUUUUCCUCAGCUGUUGCCAUUCACCAUCGCUCAGGCCAAGGAUGCGAUCCUGCAGAUUAUUGAGUGGCAGUUGCUGACGUAUGAUUCCGGAGAGAGAAACAUCAUUAUGGAGCCAUCAUGGCAAGAAGACAAGGAGCCUGUUGCCUUUAUCACUGACAGCUGGGCCCAGGGCUCAGUGCCUGUGGUGAGGAAUCUAUCAACAUCGACUCUGGAGAAACAGGAAACUUUUGAAGAGGCUCCUGGAGACAUCAUUUGUUUGGUUAGGGAGGACACGAGCCAGACUGUAAUCACUGCUGCUGGCCACAGUGCAAGACCAGAGUGUUGGAGCGGUCAGGAAGGGCACCAGGGGGUGCAGGACAUGUUUCCACUGUGCAAAGAGCUAAUGGGCUACCACCUGGAUUCAGAAAAGGAAGCUGAGGAAGCUAAUGAAGCUGAGGAACCAGAUGAACCACAAAGACCCCCCACAGUCAAGAAGAAAGAACAGAAGUUUAAGCCCCAUCGGGGACCUCUACGUUCAGCCAAGCUGAAGAAUAUUAACAAGUCUUUGGAUAAGAUGGAGAAGGAGUUGUUCCAACAACAAGCCUCGGAACCCUGUAUUGAAGAGCCUCCUGCGCCUCCCUGUGAAGUUUAUAGGAUGACGUCCUAUUUCCAGAAUGUUCUGAAAAUCCAGAACAGCCGAUUACCACUAAAUAACAACAUGACCUUUGAUGAGUUUGGGAAUGUCACCUCCGUGCAGAGAUUGAAGCCGAGCCAAUUCCCCAGGCAACAGGUAAGGCCAGUGUUCCAGCUGCUCGAUGUGGAUCUGGAGCCCGAGACCCAUAGACCACUUCUGAGAGAAUCCUUGAGACCUUUGGUCUUCCGGAGUGGCAACUUUGGUAAAAGCUUCAUCCCUGCCAGGUACAAUGUGAGGAUGCCUCGGAAACAAGUUCCUGGAAAUAGCAAGGGUCUGCAAACUCUGGAACGGGCGGUACUUGGGAAGCCAGACCUUCACGGCUCUAACGCCGUCAGGCCAAAUAGGAGACCAGCCCCAGCGAGGCAGCUGAAGCUGAAUGACUCAUGUGCUGUCUCCACCACUCCAGAAUUCAUUCCUGAUGGGACAAAGGACAGAAAUCAUUCAAAUUGUGGCCAGUAUCCUGAGUAUGAGGAGGAACAGCCGAGCAGACUGAGACCCAUCUGCAACAGCUUGUUCAGACCCCCCAUCCUGGUGGAAAAACUAACCAGCGGCAUUGUACAGUAAGCCCCUCGGGCAAGACCUGAACACAGCCUCUUCCUGCUGUGACUAUUCUGUACUCAUUAUGUCCUCUUUUGUUGCCUUGCUUCUCUGUGCAUUAACUCUGUUGUUUUGACAUUUCGCCAGGUGUGACAUUAGGUAAUCAAAUUACCUCUGUAACUCUAGCCAAUAAAAGAAAAGAAUUAUCUUCAAGGUA